AUGUCCUCAGUCUGGUCUCCUCAGUCUGGUCUCCUCAGUCUGGUCUCCUCAGUCUCAUGUCGUCUCCUCAGUCUUGUGUCCUCAGUCUGGUCUCCUCAGUCUGGUCUCCUCAGUCUGGUCUCCUCAGUCUGGUCUCCUCAGUCUGGUCUCCUCAGUCUGGUCUUGUCUCCUCAGUCUCAUGUCCUCAGUCUGGUCUCCUCAGUCUGGUCUCCUCAGUCUCGUCUCCUCAGUCUCAUGUCGUCUCCUCAGUCUCGUGUCCUCAGUCUGGUCUCCUCAGUCUGGUGUCCUCAGUCUGGUCUCCUCAGUCUGGUCUCCUCAGUCUCGUCUCCUCAGUCUUAUAUCCUCAGUCUGGUCUCCUCAGUCUGGUCUCCUCAGUCUCGUGUCCUCAGUCUCGUGUCCUCAGUCUCGUGUCCUCAGUCUCGUGUCCUCAGUCUCGUGUCCUCAGUCUCGUCUCCUCAGUCUCGUCUCCUCAGUCUCGUCUCCUCAGUCUCGUCUCCUCAGUCUCGUCUCCUCAGUCUCAUGUCCUCAGUCUGGUCUCCUCAGUCUGGUCUCCUCAGUCUGGUCUCCUCAGUCUGGUCUCCUCAGUCUGGUCUCCUCAGUCUCGUCUCCUCAGUCUUAUGUCCUCAGUCUCAUGUCCUCAGUCUCAUGUCCUCAGUCUCAUGUCCUCAGUCUCGUCUCCUCAGUCUCAUGUCCUCAGUCUCAUGUCCUCAGUUUCGUCUCCUCAGUCUCAUGUCCUCAGUCUCGUCUCCUCAGUCUCAUGUCCUCAGUCUCAUGUCCUCAGUCCUGUGUCCUCAGUCUCGUCUCCUCAGUCUCGUCUCCUCAGUCUCGUCUCCUCAGUCUUGUGUCCUCAGUCUUGUGUCCUCAGUCUCGUCUCCUCAGUCUCGUCUCCUCAGUCUCGUGUCCUCAGUCUCGUCUCCUCAGUCUCGUCUCCUCAGUCUCGUCUCCUCAGUCUCAUGUCCUCAGUCUCGCGUCCUCAGUCUUGUCUCCUCGGUCUCUCGUCCCCAGUCUCGCUCCCUGCUCUUAUGA